AUGGAGUUAGUAAAAAUCCUAACUAUCUUCACUGCCAUUGACUUGUCAUGCAAUAAAUUUGAGGGACAAAUACCAGAAGGGCUUGGAGAACUAAAUGCUCUCUACAUUCUUAAUCUAUCACACAAUGCUUUCUCAGGCCGAAUCCCACCAUCUCUUGGAAAUCUGAAAGAUCUUGAAUCCUUUGACCUGGCCAACAACAACUUGAGCGGGAAUAUCCCCACACAAAUAACAGAUUUAUCUUUUCUUUCAUUCUUGAACCUUUCAGGUAAUCAUCUUGUGGGGAGAAUUCCAACUGGUACCCAAAUUCAGUCAUUUCCAGCAGACUCAUUCAAAGGCAAUGAUGGGCUGUGUGGACCUCCAUUGUCCCAGAAUUGUAGUGGUGAUGGAAUGAAAGAGACACCAUCUCCAGCAUCAAAUUCCAAUGUUGAUACAAAGAAUUCCAUUUAUUGGAAUUUUAUAUCAGUUGAAGUAGGAUUCACUUUUGGGAUUGGAAUUAUUGUUUUGCCUCUUUUAUUCUAUAUGCCGUGGAGGACAAGGUACUGGAAAUUUGUUGAUGGCAUUCUUUAUCACACCUUCCCUCAGCUGGAUUUUGUACAUGAACGGCGUGGAGGACAAAGUUACAGCAUUCUAAGGUGGAAAUCACACUGA